GUGCGACUAACCUCUGCUGUUAUCAUCAGAGCCAUCCAAGCUCAUUUUUUCUGCUGAUUUCCUCCUCCCCCACCGCCGCAGGUUUCCCUAAGAGUCGUAAAGUAAUCAGUCGCACCCUCAUGGUGGGUUUGGGUGAUAAAGGUGUUGCAGCGAAGGGAAAAAACGAGGGUGACUUGCAUGUCCGAAGGUGUCGGGUUCGAAUCUGCAACAGUUCAACAGUCCAGCGUGGGUGGGCGGGGCCUCCACACUGGAUGGAGAAGGUUACAUAAGGCGGGUUUCAGCCCAUUCUGGUGCCAUCAGUUGUAGUGGAGGCUCGUUUCUAAAUCGCUCAAUUGGAGGAUUGUAAGUCCAGCAGUCAUGGCAGAAAAAGAAGAACUGAAGAAGUCCCGCAAAAAAAGUCCUGGAGUCUGCGGUUAUCCCAUAAGCAUCUUUUUCAUUGUGAUCAAUGAGUUCUGCGAGCGCUUCUCCUACUAUGGCAUGAGAGCUGUGCUUGUGUUGUACUUCAAGUACUUCCUGAGAUGGGACGAUGACUUCGCCACCACCAUCUACCACACCUUCGUGGCUCUCUGCUACCUGACGCCCAUUCUCGGCGCCAUCAUCGCCGACUCGUGGCUCGGGAAGUUCAAGACCAUUGUUUACCUGUCCAUCGUCUACACGCUGGGCCAGGUCGUCCUGGCCGUCAGCGCCAUCCAUGACAUCACAGACACAAACAGGGACGGCACCCCCGACAACUUGAACCUUCACAUAGCGCUGUCCAUGGUGGGGCUGCUCCUCAUCGCUCUGGGAACUGGGGGCAUCAAACCAUGUGUGGCCGCUUUCGGGGGAGACCAGUUUGAUGAUGAUCAGGAGAAGCAAAGAGGCACCUUCUUCUCCAUCUUCUACCUGUCCAUCAAUGCAGGCAGUCUGCUGUCCACCAUCAUCACACCCAUCCUCAGAGGUCAAGAAUGUGGUAUUUACACUCAGCAGCAGUGCUACCCGCUGGCUUUUGGAGUACCUGCUGCCCUCAUGGCGGUUGCUCUAAUUGUGUUCAUCGUCGGCAGUGGCAUGUACAACAAAACUGCGCCACAGGGCAACGUCAUGGUGAAAUUCUGCAAAUGCAUUGGCUUUGCCAUCAAGAACCGCUUCAGACAUCGUUCUUCGCAGUACCCCAAGAGAGAGCACUGGAUGGACUGGGCUGACGAGAAAUACGAUAAACUCCUGAUAGCUCAGGUGAAAAUGGUGCUGAAGGUGCUGUUCCUCUACAUUCCUCUUCCUAUGUUCUGGGCUCUCUUUGACCAGCAGGGAUCCAGAUGGACCCUGCAGGCCACAACCAUGGACGGUAAUUUUGGCGCAUUGACCAUCCAGCCUGACCAGAUGCAGACCGUGAACCCAAUCCUGAUCUUGAUUUUGGUCCCUAUCAUGGACAGCAUUGUUUACCCUUUGAUUUCUAAGUGCAAGUUGAACUUCACUCCACUGAGGAGAAUCACCGUGGGCAUGUUUUUUGCCGCCCUAGCUUUCGUGGCUGCUGGCGUCGUCCAGCUCCAGAUAGAUAAAACCCUGCCCAAGUUUCCGUCCACUGAUGAGAUGCAAGUCAAGUUUAUCAAUGUGGUUGACAGGGAUGUGCAAGUCCAAGCUGGAGAAUACAACUUUCCACUGAAGCCCUUCUCGGCCAGUGAGAACUAUGAGACCUUCACUGAUUCGUUCACGCUGACUCUGGAUAGCAGUGUCUCUACCGUCUCUUUACCCAAAGGCACUCGCAAUACCAUCACCAUCGUCCAACAGGCGGGCGGACUCAUGCCGAUAAAUUUUGAGGACAUCACCGAGAAACCAGAGCAAGGCGCCAACGCCAUCAGAUUCUUUAAUGGGUUUGGCUCAUCUCUGAAUGUAACCAUUGGCGACAAAGAGAUCGGGUACAUCGUUCCCAACAACAUGUCUGAGUACGGCUCUGUACCCCGUGGAAGUGCGAAGUACCAGAUCAAGAACCAAGCCGGGGUCGAGUGCGUCAUCCCCCAGGAGCUGGGCUUUGGAAGCUCCUACACGAUGCUCAUCCUGCCCACUUUCAAUUUUGGACCAAACUGCAGUGAUGGUGUCCAUCAGAUAUUGGACAUCGAGCCCAACAGCUUCAGCAUGGCCUGGCAGAUUCCUCAGUAUUUCCUCCUCACGGCGGGAGAAGUGGUCUUCUCUGUUACCGGUCUGGAGUUCUCCUACUCACAGGCUCCAAGCAACAUGAAGUCGGUGCUGCAGGCGGGUUGGCUUUUGACGGUUGCGUUUGGAAACAUCAUUGUGCUCAUUGUUGCAGAAGCUGCCACUCUGGAAGAUCAGUGGGCUGAAUACAUCCUCUUCGCUGCAUUACUGAUACUGGUGUGCAUCAUCUUUGCCAUCAUGGCCUAUUUCUACACCUACAUUGACCCGGCCAAGAUAGAAGCCCAUUUUGCCAACAAGGAGCAUGAUGAAAAGAAGAAAAGGAAAAGUUUAGAGAUGGUUAAGAAAGACUCCUUUCAGCAUCAAGACGAUGACAAAAAGAGCUCCGAUUCCAGCUCGGACGAAGAGGAGGAAAGCAAACAAUCCAGGAUGUGAAAAUCCAACUUUUCUGCUUUGUGUUCGAAUGCUGCCGGGUUGGUUGUGCUGCGUGUCUUCUUUUGCCUCUUCGUUAGUUAAACUGACAGCUGACGAUGGAAAAGUCGGAGUGCAGGAGAACCGAAUGUAGCCGAAGUUGAGAGAAAGAGCCCAAAAUGGGGCAUCGCUAUGAGUGGGUGGAGUUGAUGACAAACACCAUCAUCUACACCCCAAUUUUUAGUUUAAUUACAAGGUUAUUCAUCAGAUGAAAUACUAAUUUUUUUGUUUAAAGUUUGCUUUUUUUCUAAUUUAUUACCAAUGAUUUCAUUUUACACUAUACUGUCUAUAAGCUAAUUAACAAAAUAUUUGUAUUUAUUUCUAUGCAGUGUUAAAAUGUAUUUUCAACCUCAAAAGCAAUACUGGAAUACAUUAUGAAAUUAUAUUGUUCAUUAUAAUGUUUCAGUUUAAAUAAAUGUUACCUGUUGUUUCCAAA